AGUAGUUAUGUAUCAUGAAAGCAGCAAGCGAACACACGAGCUAAGUUAUAGGCUGUAUUAUUAUUAUCAUAUCGGUAUUAUUAUCACAGGCAGAGAAAUCAGAGAACAGAGAACACUACACUACACUACACUACUCCAUCCGAUCGAACCCCCCGUCUAGGGCGAGCCUAAACCUGAACGGCGUCUCAUGCAAGCAUCAUCUUGUCCAAGAGCAGAGGAAGGGAAGAGAAGGACCAGACUCUCCACCCCCCAUCCCAUCCCAUCCCACUUGUUUAGCCCAGUUGAAAUUCCAACGGGCGGCGGCGGGGGUGUGGUGUUGUUACGUUCGUUACGUGGUUACGAGAUCGGGAGCUGGAUGGUUGUGCCUUGGUUUUAGCAUGUGCAAGAAAAAUGGCAAUCACGGUCGUCAAUUUAUUGCUCUUUAUUAUUUUCGGCCCUAUGCUAUGGUCUCUCCCACAUGUAUGUAUGUAAGUUAAUGUUAUGUAUGUAUGUACGGUGCAUGAAGGGGUCUUCUUCUUCUUCUUGCAAACGAUGCGACUUCCGAGGCUCAGACGCAGCAACAAACUCUCCCCCCCGCGCCUCGAAUCGAUUUCUACACAUAAGAUAUCUAUCUCCUGAUCCCCUCGUGUUCUUCUUGUCUGCUUUUUCUUCGUUUCUUUUCUUUUCGUCUUCCAGAUUGAAACAAACAUAUUACUUCUUAUUUUCCACCUUGAACCCCUCCAGCUACCCCCUCUAUAACUAACCACCCUCUCAAAUACACACCCCCACACACACAUACACUGUGCAUACAUACCUCUACAAAAAUGGCUGCUCCAACCACCGUCACCAUGCACAACCUCAAUGGCACUUGGGUUAUGGAUAAAUCCAUCUCCAACGACCCCGAUGGCAUCUUCAAACUGCAAGGCAUGUCGUGGCUCACCCGCACAGCCAUCGGCCUCGCCACCGUAACCUUAAAAAUCAAACAGACGAAAAACGACCAGGGCGUCACCGAGCUGGCCAUCGACCAGGUCCUCACCGGCGGCGUCAAGGGCACCUCCGAGCACCGCGUCCUCGACUGGUCCGAGCGCGACCACACCGACCACAUCUUCGGCGACCUCACGGGCCAGAGCCGGUUCUUCAGAGCGGGCGCGGCCGCCUCCGAAGGCAAGAGACUGCCGGACGUCGACGUGCAGACCAAGACGGGCGAUGCAGACAAGGAUGUGACCGUGGCUAAGUUCCUGCGCGGGGAGAUGCUGGCGAACGGCGAUCUGACGGACGGGUUUGUGGUUGAUGCGGAGAACGAGGAGUUUGUGCAGAGUUGGGUGCGGAGUAAGGAGAAUGGGUGGACGGGGGAGCAGGUCUGGGGCUUCGAGAUGGUCGAUGGCGUCAGACGGUACACGCGCCGCAUCGUCGUCGCGAAGGGCGACCAGAUCGAGAUGGUCCGGCUGGUCUAUACCUUCGUGAGCGAGAGUACUGAGUAAGAGGAUAGGAGGAUACAAUGGGACGUUUUAUAUGCCGGUACCGAUAUAUGGAUAAUAUAUAUGUCAGGGAAUGAAAUCUCGUUCGCAUUUUGUUUCUGUUGCACGGUGUACUCCGUAUUGUCUUGUCGAAUAUCAUUUUAUGAACCAAGCAAGAUACAAUUGCACUAUUACUACUACUACAUACCCACGCCCCCAAUUGAGAUAGCGAGCCCUGUUGUCUUUCUUUUAAUGAUAGAGAAGAGCUUGGGUGAUUCUUAUUUCCUUUUUUUUUUUUUUUUUUUUUUUUUUUUUUUUUCCCUUUCAAAUAUUAAUUUCAUUUCCUUUCCGGCUUUUCUUUUAUUACGCAUAUUAUUUAUGUUACGUGUGCUUGCGCUGUAUAUACCUGCAUAAACUACGCUGCACUACACUACACUACACUACACUACACUACACAUAUGAAUCUACAGUGUUGUUGUAAAAUGUGUACAUUCAUAAAUAUAACUGUGUAUAUAUGCAGAUCCAAUCUGUCCAAAUCAUCAAAAACAAAACCAACCCCAUGAACACAAAAUAAAAUCGAGGACCAGCAAGUAAGGAAAACCAGAACUUGGCUUCUC